AACAGCUCAGACUCCAUUUGGAACGACACGACGGGAGGCGUGUCUUGGUUAAUAUGUAACGCUCAGAGCACACUUGCACUUUGUUUCCCCAAAUAAUAGAUGGAGCUUUCAGGAUCAAUCUUGCACAAGCUGAAUGGUUGAGCAACCAUCACCUCUAAAUAUGGAAGUACACAAAAUGAAGAUGGGAUUUAUUUCCAUUGUAGCCUUCAUGUGCUUCCUGGCUCCUGUCCACCAAGCGCACCUUCCAAGCGCCACCAUCGCAGACCUCUCCUACAAAAACAUGGACUUUGCCAUGAACCUGUAUAGAAAAAUAUCCAGCUAUCAUGACAAAAACAUCUUUUUCUCACCUCUGAGCAUCUCCACCAGCUUUGCUGCUCUUUCAAUGGCUUCUGACGGCGUCACACACGAGGAAAUACUGAAAGGGCUCAACCUGGAUCAGCUGGAGCGAGCUGACCAGCCAGAACUCAUCCCGUCACUCUUCCAACUCCUUCAUGAGAACAUCACACAGAACGGAUCACUGAUACUGGACCAAAGCAUGGCCCUCUUUGUGCGCCAGCAGUUUGCGGUGGAGAAGAUGUUUAAAGACCAAAUCAAGACGUUUUUUGACGCAGACAUCAAAAGUGUAGACUUUGCGGACGCAGAAGGAAGCAUCAGCUUCAUCAAUGAGUAUAUCAAGCACAAGACUCAGGACAAAGUGACUGAGAUGCUUUCCACCCUGGAUGCAUUGACCCAACUCAUGUUAAUCAACACUAUUUUCUUCCAGGGAGCCUGGCAGAAGCCUUUCAACCCUAAUUUCACUGAAAACGCAUCAUUCUACAUCGACAACUAUAAUAUUGUGCAAGUGCCGACGAUGUUUUUGGAGGAUAAGUUCUAUUGGAUGGAAGAUAUUCAUCUUGGUGCCAAAGUGUUGAAGCUACCAUACCAGGAAGGUGUUUCCAUGCUUAUCCUGCUGCCCAACAAAGGCAUUGACUACACUGUUAUUGAUGAUAAGAUCACUGCUAAGAGGUUCGUCAUCUGGAUCAAAAGACUGCAAAAAAGCAAACUGGAAGUCAACAUGCCCAAGUUCAAGAUGGAGGAGUCGUAUUCCCUGCACAAUAUCCUACCACAUAUGGGCAUGGUCAGUAUCUUCAGCACUUCAGCCAAUUUGACAAAGCUGUGUAAGGAAGAAGGCAUCAAAGUGUCAGAGGUGCUGCACAAGGCCGUGAUCGAUGUGGACGAGACGGGGACCACUGCAGCAGCUGCCACAACAUCUGGCAUUAUUCCAUAUUCCUUACCAAGGACCUUCACUGUCAACAGACCAUUUUUUUUCUUCAUAUACCAUGAAGAGACAAACUGUCUGCUGUUUAUGGGCAGGGUGAUUGACCCUACCACAAACUAGCAGUCAUGACUGAGUCCUGAAUGCUUCCACGUAACAUUGUGUUAUUAAGGCUUUUAAAAGGCUAUAUGGACGCAUUUUUUAAUCUUAAAUUUAAAAUGCUUGUGCUGGCCUGUUCUGUAAGCUCAUAUGUGAUUCCGAUUAAUAAAGAGUUUGCGUUAGUG